AGUGAUGCUACAAAAUAAAGGACAGAUAGAAAUAGAGGCGCAUGAGAAAUGGGGAAAAAGACACUUAACGCACCAGACACGAAGGACCGAUACCGAGCCAAGAGAACAGAGAGAGAAAAAUAAAAGAUAGAUUGUGAGUUACCAUCCGGGAGGUCUUGAAUACCUGCCAGGCGUUAGGAAGGAGGCAGGGCGGAAGCUGACCAUGCAGACGGGGCCGGUGCGAGCGAGGGAGAGAGAGAGCGGGCGUGUAACAGAAACAGAAAAAAGUUACUCAGCACUUCCGCGACAGUGAUGGUGUGUUCUUUUAAAGGAAUUAAAACAUUAUAUUAAAGGCAGCAAAAAAAAACAUGACAAGAGCAUCUGGACAAGGAGAUGACAAAGGAUGUACAUGAUACGUCUUUCUAUGGGAUGGAAAAGGUUCACAGCUGAAACCGCUGGCGAGCCUAAAUGAAUCAGUGAGGCAGCUUCUGAAUGUGAAUCAGAGCCUCGCGACGCCAGUCUGCCCUUCGUGUUUCUGGAAAUCUGUGAGCAACAGCAUCACGGACAACAUGGCUGAGGAGGAUAUGCCUUCCCUCCCCUUCAGUCAGGAGUCAUUUCAGGAGCUGUGGAAAGACUUGAUGCCAGCCCCAUCAGGUGAUAUGGACUGGCAGAACAUGAACAGUGACUUGCAGCUGCUGUCGGAUACCACGUUCGACGAGGGGCUCUUCGAGAUUCCCAGCGCUGUGCCCCCCCAGGCAUCGGUGUCGCCCCCAGAGUGUGGCGCUCCGCCCUCCUCCACGGUGCCCACCACCACUGACUACCCUGGAGACCUGGGCUUCCAGCUGCGCUUCCAGCAGUCCAGCACCGCCAAGUCGGUCACUUGCACUUACUCCCCAGACCUUAAUAAGCUGUACUGCCAGCUGGCCAAGACGUGCCCUGUGCAGAUGGUGGUGAACCAGAAGCCGCCUCUGGGCUCAGUGCUCCGCGCCACUGCAGUCUACAAGAAGUCGGAGCAUGUGGCCGAUGUGGUGCGUCGGUGUCCCCACCACGAGAGGACAGCGGAGAACAACGAAGGCCCCGCUCCCAGAGGCCACCUGAUCCGAGUGGAGGGCAACCAGUUGGCCCAGUACAUGGAAGAUGCCAACACUCGGAGACAGAGCGUGGUGGUCCCUUACGAGGCACCCGAGGUGGGCGCCGAGUGCACGACUGUCCUCUACAGUUACAUGUGUAACAGCAGCUGCAUGGGGGGCAUGAAUCGACGGCCGAUACUCACCAUCAUCACCCUGGAGACUGGGGACGGUCAGCUUCUGGGGCGGCGCAGUUUUGAGGUGCGUGUGUGUGCCUGCCCUGGGCGCGACAGGAAGACUGAGGAGGAGAACUUCCGUAAGCAGCAGGAGAAGAAUGUGCCAAAGGCACCCUCUGGAGGCACCAAGCGUGCGCUUAAGGAGCCGUCCCAGCCAGCCUCUCAUCCCGAGGGCAGCAAGAAGACCAAGUGCGUGUCGAGCGGCGAAGAAGAGAUCUACACCCUGCACGUCCGUGGGCGGGAGCGGUACGAGAUGUUCAAGAAGAUCAAUGAGAGCCUGGAGCUCGGCGAUCUAGUGCCCCUUGCUGACCAGGAGAAGUACCGGCAGAAAGGGCACUCCAAGAACAAGCGGGAUAAGGAGCGAGAUGCCCCGGAGCCCAAGAGAGGGAAGAAACUUCUGGUUAAGGAGGAGAAGAGCGACUCGGAUUAAGGACCUGAAACAGACAUGCACUUCACUGCCUUCGUCGGAUUGUCCCCCCCCCCCCCCGGUGUGUGUGUGUUUUUAUACACGGAACCACGAUAUAAUGACCAAGCAAAAUAUACUGUUUACGUUUACAAGCUUUUCUUUUUGAGUUGCUUUAAACAUGGCGCUCAGAAAAAAUGCAUAAUCUAAUAUCCUUUUUAAAGUUUUCUUUUAUUUUUUAAUUUGAUUGCAUCACUCAGACCUGCUCCUUUAAUGGAAAUGGAAUGAGAAGAGGUUAAACAUUUCCCAUGCUGGAAAUUUGAGUUGAUAUAAACCUUAUUUCAGAUAAACGGGACCAUUUCUAAUGCCUUUAAACCCCAUUCAGUAUCCCUACAACACAAAAGUGAUGUGUAAUUCAACUGCAGCAUCAUGUGUUUAUUUUUUUAUGAAUUUAUGAUAUACAAAAAAAACUUAUUUUCUUCAGUAAUGCUCUUUUUUACUUAACUAGAAAUCUAAAAAUGCAGGAAACUGUCAUAGAAUUACUUUAGCAAUACUGACUACUUGAUUUAAGACAGGUGCUUGUGCUCUUCUCUGGUCCUUCGGUUCCAACAUUGCUUAAUCAGGUGAAUUUGGGUGUAAAAGCUGCAGUCGUGAGGUUUGAGAGGAGCUGUGUAGAAUGUGCAAAUAACCUCAGGACUGCUGAUGAAAAUUUGGCAUCAGAUCAUAUGCUGUAGAUUGUUGGAAUGCUGUUUCUCAUCUGUAAGCGUUUUUUUUUUUUAAUAAUUUUUCUUUUCAACUUUUAUUUGGGAUUGGUCACAGCUGGAAAGCCAGACAUCUGUACACCAUUUUGACACAAUGCUGUUGUUUCCUUGCUGGCAUCUGUGGAAUGUGUCCAGGUUUUCUUGUCUUUUAUAGAAGAGUAGUUAUUUUAACCAUAAUUUACUGUACUUCACAGAACCUAUUUUAGUUACUGUAGUUUUCUAUGGCUUUUAUGGAGUCAUGUAUGCAAGUAGAACAUAAACUUUUUGUACUGUAGCAGGUGUCUUUUACAAUA